UGGCGUCGCUGUCCGCCCUGGGCAGAGAAAACCACGGCUGUUGCUCAGUUUGUUUGGUGUGUGUGUGUGAGACGGCUGUUUACUCUCAGAGUUUACAGGAUUUAAGGACUGAACAGUCAACUUUAGUGUUAAUACCGACAUCUCUUCGGUUAGUAACUCACAGGACGAUGAAUGGUAAGUCAACCAACGGUUCGUUGGGGGGAAUGGCCUGCAUCGAGGGUCUGCCCCCGCUGCCGAAGAGCCUGAGCGGCUUGCUGAACUCAAGCGGCGGCUCCUGGAGAGACAUGGAGAGGAUGUACGUAAAGAAAACCAUGAUCCAGGACGACCUGAGCCGAGGCAGGAACACCGACAACAUGCUGGCCCACAAGCCGGCCAACCUCGACGCUGCUCUGGCUCUCCUCCGGAAAGAAAUGGUGGGUUUGCGUCAGCAGGACAUGUCCUUGCUGUGCCAGCUGUGGUCGCUCCACGAGUCGAUCCAGGACUACAAGGGCAGCUGCCAGGACCUGAGCGCCGCCUCCAGCCUCAGCCUGAUGGAGAACGGCUACUUCGACGAGGAUGAUGAGUAUUACACGGAGCCUGGCGCCACGCCCACCGGGGAAAAGCCGGAUGGAGAGCUCGGAGACGGGACGGCAACAAUGGCAGCGGGCAAGAAUGGCAGCAGCAUCGGCAAAGACGACAGCUGGGACUCUUUUCACAUUACCAUCUGAGGCCUCUUUCUCAGCAUCUUUCUGCAGAUGGAUGCGUAUUUCGGGGGAGGGUGGGGGGGGGGGGGGGGGGGGGAGAGACUUGAGUUAAGCUGGAGGAAAAGUUGAAGUCCAAGAAGGAACUGGUUUGUUAGAGGUAGCAGCUUGUAUAGUAGACUCGAGCUUCAGUCCAGCUCCUCCUCAGGUGAAACACGCCCCUGCUUGUGCUGCAGAAAGUCUUUUUGCUGCGUGACCAGGAGCUUCAUCAGACUGCGGAGCUGAGAGGCCGGGUGUUGCCGACACCUUCUCAAACUCAAAGUUGAGAUGGAUUAUAUUCCAAGACUCCACAUACUCAAAAUUAGGCCAUAUAUAUAUAUAUAUAUAUAUAUUUCUUUCUUCUUAUAAACGGCUCAACUGCUGCUUCUAUAUCAAGUGGUUUUGCCGGUCACCUUUUUUGGCGGAACUUUUUUUUUUUUUUUUACAUAUACAAAAUAUAUGAACAAAGUUGUAUUAUUUAUUCUAUAAUAUAAAUAACAAGAUAUUUGCUUUCCUGUUACUCUCUACGGACGUUUUGUACUGCAACUCACAGGUUGGGAAUCCCAGAAGUUGGGGCUUCAAACGUGAACGCAGUCGAUUCUGAACUCUGCAGGAGCAAAGAGACGAUCGACUGCUGAUGGAGACGGUGUGUGUGUGUGUGUGUGUACGUGUGUGUGUACGUGUGUGUGUGUACGUGUGUGUGUGAAAUCAUUUAUUUGCAUAAAUCCAGAACAAAAGUUGUCCGACCUGAAGAAUGGAGGAAAGAGGUGAAGUCCAGUGGAACCAUGAGAGUCCUGGUCCUGGUACAGGAGGAGUGAGAGAGCGACACUCUUCUGCCUCUUUCAGAUGGAGCAGACGUUUGCUCUGUCAAAUGUUCAAAAUGCUGGAGACAGUUUCAACCUGAACCCUCAAACGCUGUUAGUGCUGAGACGCAACACGGGCGACUUCCACGUGUCACUGGUGUAGGAGAUGGUUUCGAUCCGCCGCCGUCAUUCCCAUCGAUAAGAAUAUUGCUGUUAAAGUUAGUUUCUCUGAGAUCGGGAAGUCAGACGGGGAAAGUUAAGUCGCCGUAUGCAAUGUCAUCAUAACUGACUAUGAAGAUGAUGCUCACGUUGUAAUCAAUAACAGCAGCCAGGUAGCAAGUGCUUAGUAGCCAGCAUCGAGUGAAAGAUGACUUCAGACGUGUUCCACACCAGCGUUGAGACUUUUCUUCUUCAUAUACUCAAAUAAAUGUUGCAAAGAAUUGAGAAACUGAUCAACUUCUCAGUGACUUGCACGUGCUACUUGAAUGAAUCGUGAAUCACAGAGACGGAGAAGUGGAACAGAACAUAAAUGUGAUCGGCUUGUGACUGUGAACGAGUUCAAAAGGUUCAGUUUUUGUUGGACUCUGCGACCGCUCACUGUGGCCUUCAAAUGUCGCUCGCAGUGUAAACACAACGCUGAAAACAGGGUACUUUAUAAUACUAAACCGAUGUUACGUUAACAACACAUCCAGCAACACCAGGCUGAACCUUAUUCAUGACACGUCGGAGGGAUGUGAGGUCAUAUCACAGCGUUUCAACAAGCCUUCCAGGAGCCUCAUCUGACAACCGAAGAUGGGGAGCUUCCAUCGCAGUCCUGCGCACUAACAAGAUUGUAACCGCAAAUGUAUUUAAUCCAAGAGAUCCUGGUGCAUCUGCUGGUUUUGAUUGAAACUCUCCACAAAUGCAGCCUUUCUUUCUACUCUGAAGUCCUGCACCGUCUAUCUUGCAACAGACGUUUGGAUGUGCAAAUGUUUCUGCUACACACAUCAAUGGUCUUCCCUGUAAAACUCUACAGCAAAGGUUUGAGCUGAACCUGUAGCGGGCGACACAGCAGCCGCUCUGUCACUCAAACUGUGAGACGACUGUCGACACACACACACACACCUUUUGAGAGAGUGUGGACAGUGUCAGUGUUAUUGUGUCUGUGUAGCUCGUGUGAUGUCACCUGUUUGUUGGCUCUUGGAACACAAACCAAAGAAAGUACAGCACUCAAAAUGAAAUGUAUUUGGUAUAAGGUGCUGAAGUGUGUGUGUGUGUGUGUGUGUGUGUGUCACAAUUAUAUCAGUCACUACAAACCAUCAUGUCAUAGUGACCUGCAGUCAGUAGUUAUCACACAGACGUAGCAUUAAAGGAAAACAUUUUACAAAAUGCGUUAAUUUGCUUUCUUACCGAGAGAUCAAAGCGUCUCUUAUAUCUUUUUAAAUAUGAACCUACUUAGCUAAUUAACACUAUAUUUCAUUUGUUUAAUCUGUACAAAAAACUAAGAUUAAAAACAUGGUUUUGCUGUGCAGGACUAGACACAAAGCAAAUCAGCAUAUUACCCCCCAAACAAUAAUAAUCUUCAUCACUUCCGUUUUUCUUCCUCACUUUAAAUCUUGUGCUGUUGUCAUAAUGCAAUAAAUGAAAUACCCAUUUAACCUGAUCUGAAGCUCCUCACGCAACAUGACUGAUGCAGUGUAAAACAUCUGUGUACGCACUUGACCCCCAGAGGUUUUUACACAGUUAGUGCCUUUGUGAACCAUCGGGGUUCAGACUCGUGGUUUCUGUUGGACUCGUUUGACCUGCGCUGCGCUCUUAAAGCUGCUGCGUGUAGAAGUCAGCGUCUGGGUAACCCAAUGUUCAAAUCUAGAGAAUCCCAGAAGGAGCUGAUUUAAAAAGGUGUGCGAAGAUAAUUCCAGGUCCCUGCUGUCAAUGGCUCCUUUCUCAUUUCAUUGGCGAGGAAGCAGCUGUAGCAGCGAGGAGGCGUGUGUUUCCUGACGCUUCCUCCCUCUGAGUUGCUCGUGCACUUCUCUUCCUGUCUUGCUUCAUGUGUUCCAGACGUUUGCACACGUCAACACCGCGACACAAUCUAAUUUAAUCUCCUACAUGAAGCAGCUUUAAUUGAUCAGUCAGGCAUGUCACUUGAACAUCAACAGCAGGGUGCACUAACCACUAGUUCAACUAGGGGGGGGGGGGUUUACACCUUCUUUUACACGUCUUCAUUACGCAGACACGCUGCUCCUUCUGUAACUAGAUCCAGCACAAGAGAGAAACGUGCUUUAAAUUGAACACCAGCAAAUUGUGUUUCCUGCUUCCACAGCCCCCCCCCCCCCCCUCCUCCUCGUGUGAUUAUUGGAUGUGUAAUGUGGCGAUGUCAUCUCAGGGUAAACGUGGCAAAAUGUUUUUGUUGUCGGCUCCUGAUGACAAAUGUUUUUUUACCUUGGAGGGAUGUUAAAACCUUUUGAACACGAUUGUAAAUGUUCCUCCCCCACUCUCUCACCGACGGGUUCAUUUCUACGUCGAUGUGAAAGUUCUGCUGAGAGUCUCUCAAAGACGCCAUUUUGCACCAGCUUUGAACAAUCACAUGAAGAAAUCAAUCGGGAGAAGAGACGGGACGUUUUCUACUUCAAGUGGCCUCAACGGACCAGAAUGCAAUGCAACCACAAAGAUGUGUUUUGCACUAAAGCGAGGGGCAUUACUGUAAUCACUGUCACGCCUCAGUGUUCCUCUCACACCCCUGAAUUAGUGGUUGGUGCUAAGCAUUCUGGGAAAUAUGGAGACACUAAAUGAGUCAGAGGGGAGAUUUAUUCAUGACACGUGUUGUUAAAAGCCCCAAAAAAUGCACAAACGUAUUCCCGUUCAGCUCACUUGUGUUUAAUUCACGUGGAUCAGCCAAGAAAAACACGAGAGCCGUCGAGGUCUUAAGAAUAACAUCCGAUUAUUGGCCUCCACAAACUGAAUGUUCUCGUAAUUAUCCACCUUUUUCUAAUCACCGGCUGUUGAGUCUGUUUGGAUCUGACUUCAUGUUCACGCUGUGUAUCGUUCAUUAAAUCACUCGAGUGGUAAAUGUGUCAUGUUGUUACCGUCCAUCAUUACUCCAUGAAUGACCAGACUACUGUUUCUUUAGUCUCAAUAAAUAUAUAUAUAUAUAUAUACAAACAGUUAUUAUACUGAUACGAGUUUAAUAAAGUGAUUCCAUACUU